CCGUGCCGGUGCCGCCACCGCCGGCUGCGGGCCCGCUCGUGGGGCCCCGAUGUCUCGGCGAGCCGCCCCGCCGCGCUUCGGCCCGCUGCAGCUGGUGCUGGCGGCGGCGGGGACGGUGGCGGCGGCGCUGGACCUGUGCAUGGACGGCUGGGUGGCGGCGGAGUACGCGCGGCGCGGGCAGCCGGGCUGGGCCGCGCUGUCGCUGUCGCUGCUGGCCGCCGCCUCGGCCGCCGCCCAGGCCUGCAGCUGGCUCUGGCUGCGCUCCGACCCGCCCGCGCUGCGCCCCGCCGUGCCCACGGCUCUGCUCGCCGCCCUGCACCUCCUACAGCUCGGCUUUUUCUUCAGGUGCAUCCRWGCUCUGAAGGUGGGCUGGAAGGUGUGCUGGGCAAAGGCAGAGGAGGAGGAUGAGCAGAGACACAUGGCCUUCCUCUCCCACGACAUCAGCAUGCUGCGUCUCUUCGAGACCUUCCUGGAGAACACCCCGCAGCUCACCCUGCUCCUCUACAUCAUCCUGCGGACAAACAAGGCUGAGCUCUCCCAGGGCCUGGGGAUCGGCACUGCUUUCCUGUGUGUGUCCUGGUCUCUSCUGGACUACCACCAGUCCCUGCGCUCCUUCCUUCAGGACAAGCACGAGYUGAGCUGGGGCUCCUCCAUCAUCUACUUCCUGUGGAACCUCUUCCUCAUCUGYCCCCGCAUCCUGGUGGUCGCCCUCUUUGCCCUGUUCUGGCCCUACGGYGUGGCUCUCCACUUCCUGCUCGUGUGGCUGGCCAUGUUCCUCUGGGUCAGCCUGCAGGGCACAGACUUCAUGGAAUCACCUGGGCCUGAGCAGCUCUACCGGGCCAUUGUGGCCGUGAUCCUCUACUUCAGCUGGUUCAACGUGGCACAGGGAAGGACGCUGUACCGCAGCAUCAUCUACCACGGCUUCAUCCUGGUGGACAGCACGCUGCUGGCCCUCACCUGGCUGCUGGACCAGGCUCCCUCUGAGCAGCACUYGUACCUGCUCCUGGUGCUCUCUGCUGCCCUGCCCUGCUACCUGCUGGGGCUGGGGCUGAGGCUUACCUACUACAAGUGGCUGCACCCCAACAUGCAGGUGCAGCAGGAAGGUGGCUAUGAUGAGGUGGAUGCCCRUGAAGAGAGGGAUGGGCUGGGGUUUCGCUCGUUCUUGGAACCAGAGCUUGUGAACAGGCGGAUGCAGUGGCUGGCCCAGACACAGUUCCCCCUGUCCCAGCCAGCACGGCAGCACUGCCUGAAUGGGGCUACUGCUGUGGAGUCUGCUGUGUGAGGGCAGGCCCUCUAAAGGGAUGUGAGGGGCAGGCAGACAUGUUAGUUGUGCCCCUGGUUCUGCCCCCGGGCUGUUGUUUUGGGCAGCUGGAGGGACCUGGCAGAAAYCAGGGGUGGUGUGGUAACACGCAGUGAGUCCCAUGGCACUCAGCAUGGCUCCCGUGGCUGUUCCUUCCUGCUUAAGGAAAGCCACAGUGUUUGUGGUGAGUCCAGCACACUGUGGCCAUAUGGCUGCACUGCUGUGUCAGUUUUUCUUGUUAUUUAUUACUAGUUUUUCCAAAAAAAAUCAAAUCAAGAGCACUGGUUUAUUUUCUCUCUGCCUCUCCUGUGCCUGCUGCUCCCAUUGCUGUGCAGGGAWAUGGGUGGUGAGGGAGAAAUUGUUUCCUCCAUGGUUCUGGUUAUCUGACCUUUCUGUUUCCAGCCAGGAUUUUCCUUGUGUUAGUUUUGGUGUUAAGGUCAAAGCUCACCUGUUAUCGCCGUGUUCAGGGAGGGAUGGGAAGGAGGCUUGUGCUGGGAGUGUGGCUGCAGGGUGGCUCAGGGUUUCUGGCUCCUUGUGGACACCCCAUGCUCCCUUGGSUGCCAUUCCCACCACCAGAGCCUGGGCAGUGCUCCCAAGGCCAGGCUGGAUUGGCCACAGCCAGUUUCUCAUCCAUAGAUGAUUGAUAGGGUCAGUAGUGAGGUUAGUGCUGUGCCAGCACCUGGGCACACACACCCACCACUUUCCCAGGCUUGGUGCCCAAACCCUGGCAGCUGUGRCACAUCCUGGCUGUCCACAGCAUGGACCUUUGUCCCCUUCCCCUCCAUCACAUCCUUSCCAGCAGGGAACCUCCACACUGGGAAAGGCAGCAGGAUGCAGGUGGAGSAGCAGCUGCAAUGCUGUUUCCCAGCUGCUCUUGUAAGAAGCUCAGCCCUGGCCACGGCCAGCAGCAUUGCAGCAGAGGAUGGGAGGGGGUGUUGCCUUGAAAAGAAAAUGGGAAGGGGAAGUUUGUGCAGGAAGCACCGUGUGCCUCCCCUGGGCAUCUGAGCAGAGCCCAGCAGCAGGUCCCUGCCCUGCUGGCUCCCCAGGAGCAGCUCUGGUGGCUGCAGUGACCUSUGGUCCCCUGAAUGCUCCUGGUGCAGCCAAGCCUGGCUGUCAUGGCGGCAGCAACUAACACAGGGCAGAGAAGAAGCUGAAGCACUGACUAUAGAAAAUAAAGACUUUAUUACUUUUUUUC